AUGGCAAUUAUUAGGAAGCCAAUGUAUGACAGAAAUGGGGAACUCCUACAUGAUGGGAAGUAUGUCAUAUUCCCAUUUACUGUCCAGCAAGUAGCACAGAAAUCAAGCAAAAAAAGAUCCAAAGGAACUUUGGAAACAAAGGCACUCCAGAAUGUAAACAGAGAAGUGAUUAGAGAUAUGUUGCUGAUAAAGGUCAUACCAGCAAUCAUCUCAAAGUGGCCUAAAAGUCUCGCCAAAAAUGUUGUCAUCCAAUGGGACAAUGCAAGGCCUCACCAAGUUCCUAAUGAUGCAGAAUUUAUGGUAGCAACAACAGCAAAUGGGUUCAACAUAAACUUUGUUUUUCAGCCAGCACAGUCACCUGAUUUGAAUGUGCUUGAUUUAGGGUUAUUUAGGUCUAUUCAAUCUUUGCAAUAUCAGUCUUUUCCUAGAGACUUAGAUGAGCUAGUUGAAAAAGUGAGAGACUCUUAUGACACAUUCAAUUCCCAAGUUAACAAGUACAUCUGGGUUACUUUGCAAAAAUGCAUGAUAAAGAUCCUCAAGGCAGAAGAUGAAGCAGAAGUGCAGAAGGAAGUAGUGGUGGAGGCUGUGGAGUACCUAUACACUAUGUUUAGGCCAGCAAAUCAAGGCAAUGAAGAAGCAACAGAAGAUAUGGAGGUAGAUGCAGAUUAG